GCGGUCGUUGCGAAGUUGCGGCGGUUGCGGUUAUUGCGGGUCGGUGCGGGCAGUCGCGGUUGUUUGGUAGGUGUUGGAGUAUUGAGCCUAGAGCUGUGUGCUGGCAAAGGGGACUGGAAGACGGUGAUACGUGUCUGUACCGUUUGUGUGGUACGAAUAAUGGCAUCCGUCGAGAACGUUCAGCAGCGACCAGCGUCGAGUAAUAAUGUCGGACACCGCCUCGGGAAACACUCGCUCACUUCCUCUACAUUCUCGUGAAACGUGCUACGCGCUAGUCAGAAGGACAGAUGCGGCAGAAUUCGAACGCAAAAAGGCACAUCCUUCCCAGCACCCGAUCUCGACAUGGAAACUGCACAGGGAACAGCGACGACGGUGCAAGCGAACAACGUAACCGCUCAAACGAGCACCAACGUCACCCAGACGGCGGAGUCUCCGGUGGGGAUAUGCAACGCGACAACCUUCUACUUCGGAGCGACGUUGCUGCUGAGUCUCGGCUCAACCGUGGGUCUGCUGGUGGGAUUUCUGAGCGACCACUGGGAAUACGUCGACUUCGACGCGGACACGGUCAGCGACACGGCCGCCCGUCAGGGCGUUGCCCUGACCAGGUCGUCCAACGUGCUGAGGUUGAGCUUUGGGCCGAGCGCCGCGAGGCCGAGGGGAUUCAACGGAAGUGUCGCGUACUUGGUGAACUUGAGGGGCGGGGUGAACCGUAUCUGCGCGAACGUCGAUGAGAAUGACUUGGCAUUUCUUGGUGAGGAAGCGAAAAAGGCCCCUGUAGGAUGCAUCUCGUACUUCCGCACACCCGAUGAAGAUUACCAUCGUAAGCAGGUGAUCAUCAAAUACCCCUGGCUGGACAAAAUGCGCAACCUCGCAAUGUCCUGUUCGAUAGUGAGCUUGAUACUGAUAGGCGCAAGCUUCCUGGUAGGAGGAUUUGGCAUCUUCAAGCGUCAGCUCUCUGCCGUUAUGGUGACGGGCGUCAUGUUUAUACUCGCAGCUGGAAAAGAAGACAUGCAGUGCAGACUCAUAGAUUAUUUUCCAAAGGAAGAGUACAGUCCAGACCCCAACGACUCUACUAUGGCAAUACCCUACGCAGUGAAGCGAGCAGCAGCAUUUAUCGUGAUGAGCGCCCUCGUACUGGUCGUGGGCGAACUUCUUUGUUUCCUCGGCCACCUGAUUCGACGAGGAAGGGUGCUUACUUUCGCCGGAGGAAUUUCCUUCAUUCUCUCAGGCCUAAUGAUUCUUGUCGGCAUGGUCAUCUACAUCUCUACCUUCAAGGCCGAGGUCGGUUCGAAGCUGCGGCCGAAAUCGUCAUUUCAAGAACCGCUCUUCACAUACAAUUACGGCUAUUCGUUUCUGCUGGCCGUCACCGGACUGAUGUCUUGCGAAUUGGCCGGCACCUUCUCCAUCUUUCUUUGCAUUCAUCGCUACCAGCAAGAGCUCAAAAAGAAAAUGGAGCGUCAAAAAGCCGACCCCGUAGUGGACCAUCUUCCUGGGUGCCGCCGCCACCGAAGGCACUCGUCGGGCAGUGGAAGUCAUCACCACCAUCACGGUAGCGCACGCCGGAACAGCCGCGCCGUCGAAUCCCUAUCGGACAGUUCACCAACUACGAGCGGGCGGCGCUCGGAGCGACGUUCGCCCCAUCUACCCAUGUCUGAAUCAAUGAGGGACCUCUCGUAUUACAACUUCCCGCCCUUUUCGCGGGACACAACCUGCAACACGGUCUCCACGACGGCAGACAACCUGACGCGGGACUACUCUCGUGACUUCUCGUUCGAAACGUUGCGCCGGACAACGCCCGUGUGAAGUGUUAUGACGUCAUCGACAGGGUGCGUGAGUGAUAUAGUGAGAGCAAGUGAUGGGUGUGCCAAAUUUGUGACGACGUUUUUUUGUGGGAUCAGCUCAAAGAUAGUUUGCAACGGAGAAUCUCUUUCUUGUCCCUUUUUCCACUGACUGAAAAUUUGUAUUUUUUUUCGGGACGUUUAAGUUUUUCGCCAUCACUCGGUAUCUACAUCAACUGCCACGUUGGAUAACGAUGCAGGCUGCAAUCUUCGCGAAGUUUAUGGAGGGUACGAAAGCGAGUGCGAGUGUUUCGACGUCUUGCCCAGUUUGCUUUGUUGAGCUGAUGUUGAGCUGGUGUGCUACGGCGUGUUUUUUUUUUCUUUCUGCCGUGUUUAAGCCGCCAUAUUUGGACAUAUUUAAAAGUGGUUCGCCGUGUU